AUGGUCAAAGACCUUGACGGGGUGCGGCUGCCGAAACAGGCGGAGCGGUUCAUCCACGGCCAGUCUCGAAUGGAUUGGCAGGAGAAGGAUGUGCUCGUCAUCGACGAGGUGAGCAUGCUCGGGGCGCGGACGCUGCACGCCGUGAACGAGCGGCUUCGCCGGCUUCGCGGAUCGCGGCAAGAUUUCGGGGGGAUCCCCAUCGUCCUCUUCUGCGGAGAUUUUCAGCAGUUCCGGCCGGUCAAGAGGUCGAUCGUCCUGCCUAGCGCGGCCAUCUCGUGGGACGUAGACAACUCGUUCAAGGCCGAGCAGCGUCACCAGCACGACAAAGCGCACGCACUGUGGAAGAGGUUCACGACGGUCGUCAUGCUGGACGAGCAGAUGCGCGCCGCCGGCGACCCGGAGCUGCAGAGGCUGCUGAAGCGGAUCCGUCUAGGCGUGCAGGAUCGGACGGAUCUAAACCUCCUCAACUCAAGGAAUCGGUGGAACCUGAACAUGGAGGCGAGCCUGGCGUUCCGGGUCCAGCAGCGGUCGACGAUGCGCAUUUUCAUCUCCGAGCACAAGUGGAAGGAGGAGCUGCCGACGGAGGAAGAGGCGAUCAUGAUACUCAACCAGGGCGACGAUAGCGCGAUCCCGGUGCCGGCCGUCUUCAUGUUCGUGGCCGGGAUGCCCAUCGUCGUGAACCACAACACCCACCAGGGCUGA